AGGUUCUAUGAUUCAACGGGUUGCUAUAUGGGUGGCAGUGGUUGCCCUCAUUGCUUACACGAUAGAAUUAUGCUACUACCGAGCAGAUGUAGAGUUACAUAUUGAUGGUGAAAAUGAUGAAGCAUUUGAUGCUGUAAAAGAGGCAUUCAGUGCGAAUUUUCUGGAAGGAUGGGAACGUGGUGGUGCUUCUUUUGUGGUAUACCACAAUGGCAAAAAAGUUGUUGACAUCUGGGGUGGAUAUGCAGAUGCAGAAAGUGAAAGAUUAUGGAAGAAAGACACUCUCAACGUUGCUUUCUCUUCAACAAAGGCAUUCGCUGCUCUUUGCGUUGCCAAGCUUAGUUUGGAAAACACGGAAAAGAAAACGUUACUGUUCGUUGGUUACUUAGCCACAGAAUUUUCGGCUGGUUUGGCUUACACCGAUAGGAAGAUACACUUCCCCAUAGCAAACGAUUGGAAAGCUAUUGGUGAAGUUUUCGAAGAGCAGGUCCCAAAUUGGCCUCCAGGAACUCAGAUAGGCUAUCAUGCUAUCACUUAUGGCUGGCUUGUCGAUCAGAUCAUUAGAAGAGUUGAUCCGCAGCACCGCUCUGUUGGUGUGUUCUUCAAGGAAGAGUUCGCGGACAAGUAUAAUCUCGACUUUUACAUUGGACUUCCAAAAUGUGAAUCGCAACGAGUUUCUCGUUUGACGCUGCCAUCUGCUUACAACUUUAUGGAGGAAUAUCUUUAUAGGCCUUCUGAUUUUGACGUCACUCGGUUUGUUUACCAUAUGGCAACUGACGGCCUACUGUCAAAAGUCGGCCAUAACGUUCCUUGGAUUGCUUUCAUGAAGAGGAUGACAUUGAAUAAUCCGGAUUUGUAUGGUAUUGAACAAGCUGCGGUUCUCGGAAUUGGUACUUCUCGUGCCAUGGCUGAAUUAUUCGAACGAUUUCGGUUAGGAGAAUUAGUGAGCCCAGCUACUUUUAAAGAAUUAACAACCAAUUUUUUGCAACAACGGGACAUCGUCACUGGCGCAAAUGUACCUAGAGGGCCUGGCUUUAUGAUCAAAAAAUUCGUGCAUAACAACGUGAUAGUUGAACUUCUUGGGCAUGCUGGCUAUGGAGGACAGAAUGUGAGAGUAGAUCUGAAGAACAAUAUAACUUUUGCUUACAUGAGCAAUGGACUGAAGGUCGGAUUCGGUGACACAGCUAGAACCUACACUCGUCUACUUGACGCCUUAUACGAUGUGAUUUUACCGUCGCAAUAGAUAUUGUAUUACUUAUCAUUUUUUUUGUAUGUGUCAUAUGAAUAGUUGCAAAACUUCUGUGAUACUGUUUAUCCAUUGUGAAUGAUUUGAACAGAAAGUGACAAAGAAGGUUGGCUUAUUGCAUCGCUGAACUAAUUUGUGAAUUUUUUUCGUUUCGGUCACAACAACUGCACUAACAUAAGAUGAUUGCUAG